GAAUUGCACCGCUGGGUCGAUCCUGGAAAAAUCAAUUGGCAAGAGGACUGCGAGUGGCGCGGCUCACUGCUACUUACCGGCGGCAGUGCCGAGGGAGCCGUACCGAGCGAGGUGCGAAAGCUAGCUGUAGCCAAUUGCAGCGGCUUGGCUUCGGUGCAUUCAGAUUUCCUUUCGCUUUAUAA